CGUUUAGGAAAGGAGACCCUUUCCUUACUGUGGGAAUCAAUGAGUGCCUUCAGACCAGAGGUGUCCCCAGUAAGAAAAAAACGAAAAAAGUCUUGAUGAAGAUCACCUUGUACCUGCAUAAGUAGAAUUUGUGGGAGACCUUUUUGAUUCUCAUCCCUUUUCAUCUAUUAGGAGAAAUCCCUUCUGCAGAUGGUUCCCUUGGAUGAAGGUGCCAAUGAGAGACCCCUUCAGGUCCCCAAGGAGAUCUGGCUUUUAGUAGAUCACUUAUUCAGAUGUGCCUGUCACCAGGAGGACCUGUUCCAAACCCCUGGAAUGCAAGAAGAGUUACAGCAGAUCAUUGAUUGUCUGGAUACCAGCAUUCCUGAGACAAUCCCUGGCAGUAAUCACUCUGUGGCUGAGGCACUGCUAAUUUUUCUGGAAGCCCUGCCUGAGCCAGUCAUCUGUUACGAGCUGUAUCAGCGAUGUCUUGACUCUGCUCAUGAUCCUCGGGUCUGCCGACAGGUAAUUUCCCAGCUUCCAAGAUGCCAUAGAAAUGUUUUCCGUUACUUGAUGGCAUUCCUUCGAGAACUCUUAAAAUUCUCUGAAUACAACAAUGUCAAUGCCAACAUGAUUGCUACUCUUUUCACUAGUCUUCUCCUAAGACCUCCACCCAACCUCGUGGCAAGACAGACGCCAAGUGACCGCCAGCGUGCCAUCCAAUUUCUUUUGGGCUUUCUACUUGGGAAUGAUGAAGACUAAGUCUUUUCCUGUCCAAGAUUCUAGAGGAGAAAGAUCUUGGACUUCAAGUGUUUCAGAAUGAUUUGAAAAGUCACGGCACAGAGGAAUCUAUUGCAGAAUCUCAAGUUCUGUUAAUAGUGCAAAAGGAAGAGAGUUUCCUAAUCCCUCCUUUACCAUAUCCUACACAGCAAAAUACUUUAGACAUGUAUUGCCAAGCCAAAGUUACCAUAUUUUGGUGUUUUUGUGUUUUCUCUUUGUAAAGCAAAGAGGUCUGUAUUUAUACUCCUUUACCUAGGGAUGUGUUUGUUGCCCUCCUAUCCAAUCAUGAUUGUCCUUAGUAUCCUAGGCCUAGAUUCUGAGAUGUUCCCAUUCUAGGCCUAUAAACACUACUUGCUAUAUAGCUCAGACUUGUCUACAGUCCUUUGUAUAAUGCACUUUUGACC